AUAUUCCUCCAACAGGCACCCAGAAAGAAAAAAAAAUCUUCAGAGGUAGUUUUGACGAUGGCAUUGGAGAAAGAAAGAGUGUGUGUAACAGGAGCUGGUGGGUUCAUAGGCUCAUGGACGGUCAAGCUUCUUCUCUCCAAAGACUACUUUGUUCAUGGAACUGUUAGAGAACCCAGAGAUGAGAAGAACGCUCAUUUAUAUCAACUUGAGAAAGCAUCUAAGAAUCUGAAACUCUUCAGGGCAGACGUAUUGGAUUACGAUACUCUCUAUUCCGCAAUCGUUGGAUGCAGUGGAGUCUUUCAUGUAGCCACUCCUGUUCCAUACACAGAUGUACAAAAUCCUGAGGUGGGGAUGAUUGAACCAGCUGUAAAGGGCACACUCAAUGUUCUGAAAGCAUGUGCUGAGGCAAAAGUUAAGAGAGUUGUUGUAGUGUCAUCUGCAGCUGCUCAGGCUUAGAAGGUACUAAUUCCC